AUGGCGGAACAGACUGAGAAAGCUUUUCUUAAGCAACCCAAGGUCUUCCUCUGCUCGAAGAAAUCUGGAAAGGGGAAGCGACCUGGGAAAGGUGGAAACCGGUUCUGGAAGAACAUUGGUUUGGGCUUCAAAACUCCUCGUGAAGCCACUGAAGGAGCUUACAUUGACAAAAAAUGUCCAUUCACUGGGACUGUUUCCAUUAGAGGUCGUAUCUUAGCUGGUACUUGCCACAGUGCCAAAAUGCAGAGGACCAUUAUCGUGCGAAGGAAUUACCUCCACUUUGUCAAGAAGUAUCAGAGGUAUGAAAAGAGGCAUUCAAACAUCCCAGCUCAUGUCUCACCUUGCUUCCGUGUCAAGGAAGGAGACCAUGUCAUCAUCGGCCAAUGCAGGCCAUUGUCGAAGACUGUCAGGUUCAAUGUGUUGAAGGUGAUACCAGCUGGCUCUUCCGCUAUUGGAAAGAAGGCUUUCACCGGCAUGUAA